AAUCUGGAAAAAAUAUUUGUUGCAGAAUGCUGAACACAUUUAUAAUUUAUUAUCAAUUCAGAGGCCUAUGUUUGGAUGCCUCUCUUCCAGCAGCUGAAUGGUUUCAGAUCUCCGCCUUGUUGACGCCAUAUUCCAAAACUCAAGUAUUUCAUUUAACUCCCUAAAAUUGAAAACAAUGCUAUUGUAUGUAUCGCUUUGGAUGUGCAAUGCUUAACUAAGCUAUACUAGUAUAUUACAAAAUUUGUGUAGGAUUUUGAUGAAAUUUCCAUUUUUUGAAUGGUUGUUUUUAUUGCGAAGUGAAAGGUUAAAGUGAUACCUUAAUUAGAAAUAUUUUCCUAAAUAUACCUAUACAACAAAUAUAGCAAGAAGAAUAUAAAACAGGCCUUUUCUCAGCUGUGAGAAGAGUUCAGUCUCACGCGCAUUCGAUUUCGAACGCGUCUCUCAGGAAUGUGAUGACGCCAUAAUGGAAUAGAGCGUUGUGUGUGCUAAUUUAAUUUGAGCAGCGUCAGUUUUCUCUCAGUCUUCUCGUCGCUCAUUCUGCUGUAUAAGAGUUACCCGAGUCAACAUUUGUUAUCAUGGCAAUGUUGAAGAGAAAACGUAGUUUUCCCGCUCAGGUGUACGACUCUUACCGCAGCACAUCCUCGACGUUUAGCACCGAUGCGGCUAAUGACCAUCAUCAGCCCAUUAGUGUUGUUGAGGAAAAUGAGAUGCCAACGAGAAAGAGGAGAAGGACGGAUAGUUUUGAGAAGCUGCCGUCUCUUUAUCUAUGUGACUGGAGUGGCAGCUCAGCUCAAGAUACCACUGUGAAAUAUGAGAGACGUGCUGAGGAUCAGAAUUCUGUACGGUACAGUGUCUGUGCUCUAGAGGAUCAUGGUCUUCAGGAACCUCUUUCCAGUGGUCUUGAAGUUCUUCCUCCUGCAGAUCAGCAGGUUCAAACCCCUCCAGCUCCAGUUCACCUCAGUCCACCUGUUAGUGAGGGAAAUGAUAGUCAGGAGAGACAGAGGAGGAAGAGUAGUUUUGGAGAGCUGAUCACUCUUCACUGGAGCUGCAGUUCAGGUCAGGGUCAGAAAGUGGAGGAUCAGACCACUGCAGGCGUCACACGUGAGAGACACGCUGACGAUGAAACCAAACGGACAUCUCUUAUCACUGGCCGAAAGAGAAAACGAAGUUCUCACAGUGCUCAGGUGUACGACUCCCAUCAGAGAACAACAUCUGAUAUUGUGGCUGAAAACCAUCAGCCCGUUAGUGUUGGUGAGGACACUGAGAUGCCAGUGAGAAAGAGGAGGAGGAAGAGUAGUUUUAAAGAGCUGAUCACUCUUCACUGGAGCUGCAGUUCAGGUCAGGGUCAGAAAGUGGAGGAUCAGACCACUGCAGGCGUCAGCGAGAGACACGCUGAGGACGACAUUCUGAGCCGUUAUGAAAUCGGCAGAUUGCUUGGUAUGGGAGGAUUCGGAUCCGUCUAUGAAGGGAAACGCUUGAGUGAUGGCCGUGAGGUGGCAGUGAAAUUUUCCAGAAAGCCACGGAACAUGAAAUACAUCUACAUUCCCGGUCAUCCCACACCCCUUCCAUUAGAGGUCGGCCUGUUGAUGCUUGUUAACAGGGGCCCAAAAGUUCCAGAGAUCAUUGAGCUGCUGGACUGGCAAGACCAACCUGACCAAUACAUCAUGGUCUUGGAGCGUCCUUCACCCUGCCAAGAUCUGUGGAAGUUUAGGUUCCAUGGCGGCACCAUCAGUGAGGACACGGCACGUUUCAUUAUGAAGCAGGCAACAACGGCCGCUGACAUGUGCUGUCGCCGUGGAGUUUUCCAUCGUGACAUAAAGCUAGAGAACUUGCUGAUAAACACGGAAACACUUGAAGUCAAACUGAUAGACUUCGGGUGUGGGGAUCUCCUGCAGGAAUCCGGAUAUGAAAGAUUCGGUGGCACUCGAAAGUACCGUCCACCUGAGUACUUCACGGGCAAGUACCAUGGUGAACCAUCUACUGUGUGGUCUCUGGGAGUGGUCUUGUUCUUGCUGGUGUGUGGACACUUUCCAAAACCCAGAGACACACAGAUGAUUGAUGACGACAUCUGGUUUAAACCUGGCUUGUCAAACGAAUGCUGCCACCUGAUUCAAUCCCUCCUGCAGGAAAACCCAAGCCGGCGGAUUGAGUUGAGGGAAAUCCUUCAACAUGAAUGGUUUAAGGAAUAAGAAUAAGACAUGAAGAAUAAGACUCGCAGAAUAAGGCAUGGGGAGGAAUAUGUAAAUAGUGCAAAUGAAAUGGAAACUUUACCACAACAGUUCCAGAGUUCCUGAAACAAGUGGCAUCCCUCCCUCCAUGCCUUUAUAUUUUUUAUUUAAUCUUUGUACUUUUGACUGAAUUGUUUGCUGCUGUACAAACUUGGCUGUUUUUGAUAAUUAAAUAUAAUUGUUCAAUAAAUAAUAUUUUAAAUAAAUAAUAUUGGUGUACCUGUUAUUGAGUAACAGUGUGUGUGUUAGUGGAGAGGAUUUUUCAGCAACUUCAGUGCAGGUUACAUUGACUUGACCUAGAGAAUGAAAGCUCUAACAGACGCAGGUAAUCACACUCUAUAUUCCUCUCUCUCAUAAUACUCUACUUUACUCUACUAAAACACUAAUUACUUUAUUGAAGCAGCCCAAGCUGUCAUUGCUACUAGUUCUAAAGUGACAUUUCACUCAGAUUAUACAUCACAAUAGGGAAGAAAAGACUUUCGCAACUUAUGUUUCAUGCUGACUUUAAAGCAAUUUGAUAUGACUAACUAAAUAUAUAAUGUGUAUUAUUAAACUAUUAUGUGUAUUAUAUUAACAUUUGU